AUGUCGCCGUCGACCUCGGGCGCGCACAACGUGUUCGUCUACGGCACGCUCAAGCGAGGCUUGUACAACCAUCGCCUUCUCGAGCGCGGCAACGCGCGCUUCAUGGGUGAAGUGCGCACGAAACGCGCGCAGCACGUGAUGCUCCUGGCCGACGCUGGGUAUCCAUACCUCGUCAAAUCGACGACGGAUGACGCGCGCGUGAUCGACGGCGAACUGUAUUCCGUCGACGAUGACACGUUGACACUUUUGGACGAACUCGAGGAGGUGUCGACCGGCAUGUAUACGCGAGAAACAAUAGAGGUGGAGCGCCGCGAGGAACCGCGCGCGACAGAGGAGGCGUAUUACUAUUUAGCUGGUGACCGCGAGGACCUCGCGCGACUUCCGCGCAUCGACGCGUACGACAAAGCACUCCACGACGACGUGUACUUACCCAAAGAUCAGCGCGGGCGAUGA